AGUCCCAGCUCAAAGCCUCAGAACACCAUUGUUGUGAAAGAUGAAUACCCACUUCAGAAGUGCACUGCUUUUGUUGGUCUCAUUUGCACUAGCAAGAUUCGGAGAUGGGCAAGAAUCAAGUGCUCUUGUACCAGCAAUUAUAACUUUUGGUGACUCUGCAGUGGAUGUGGGGAACAAUGACUAUCUCCCCACUCUUUUCAAGGCCAAUUUCCCUCCAUAUGGGAGAGACUUUAUCAAUCACCAGCCUACUGGCAGGUUUUGCAAUGGAAAACUUGCCACUGAUAUAACUGCUGAAACUCUGGGUUUUAAGACUUAUGCUCCAGCAUAUCUUAGCCCACAAGCAUCAGGAAAGAACCUCCUAAUUGGAGCUAACUUUGCUUCAGCUGCCUCUGGUUAUGAUGAAAAAGCUGCCCGCAUUAGUCAUGCAAUCCCAUUGUCUCAGCAGUUGAAAUACUACAAGGAAUACCAAACCAAGCUAGCAAAGGUGGCUGGUAGUAAGAAAGCAGCAACCAUAAUCAAGGAAGCAAUAUAUAUUUUGAGUGCUGGUAAUAGUGACUUUCUUCAGAAUUAUUAUGUCAAUCCUUUGGUCAACAAAGUCUACACUCCUGAUCAGUAUUCCAACCUCCUUGUUGGCGCAUUCACAAGCUUUGUUAAGGAAUUGUAUGGUCUGGGAGCCAGAAAACUUGGGGUGACUUCACUCCCUCCAUUGGGUUGCCUUCCUCUUGCCAUCACCUUAUUUGGAUUUCAUGAUAAUGGGUGCGUCUCUAGGAUCAACACUGAUGCCCAAGCAUUUAAUAAGAAGAUCAACUCAGCUGCAACAAGUCUCAAAAAGCAACUUCCUGGUCUUAAGAUAGUUAUCUUUGACAUUUAUAAGCCCCUCUAUGAUCUUACUCGAUCUCCAUCCAAAUUUGGUUUUGCUGAAGCAAGGAGAGGCUGCUGUGGUACAGGGAUCGUAGAGACAACAUCAUUUUUGUGCAAUCCAAAGUCAAUAGGGACUUGUUCUAAUGCAACUCAGUAUGUGUUUUGGGACAGUGUCCAUCCAUCUCAGGCUGCUAAUCAGGUCCUUGCUGAUGCAUUGAUUUCCCAAGGCAUCUCCCUCGUCUGAUGGUGAUACUGAUAUAUGCUUUCUUUUUUAUAUUAUGUAAGAAGACCAAUACUGUGCUAUUCUGCUACUUUCAUGGAAAGGUUGCAACAGCUGUAAUAGUAAUCUUAUAACUGAGGACAUUUAUUGUCUCUCAUAGCACUCCAUCCAUAAAUUAUGCAGUUUGUUUGUAAUA